AUGUAUUCCGAUACUCCCAUAGAUCUUCUUCAUAUUGGAACACACGACCCAAAAUAUGUUCCUCACAAAAUACAGUGGGUCGAACUUUCAGGCUUCCAAAGUACAACUAGCUGCCAGCGUUCUGUAGAAGCAAAGGGAGCCACCAAUAAGGCCAAAGUAGUUUUGGUGUUGCCUCCCAAUCAAAGUGAGGAUGCAAUCAAUCACUACAAAGAAAACUUGGAAAUCUCAGACGAAGCGUUGGAAGCGGUCGCGGACAAUCCAAGGAUAGAUGACGCCUUUUUUGCUAACAAGCUACCGACAGCAGAAUCCCAAAUUCAUUACCUGAGGUACUUGGGCCUAUCUCCCGACCGAUACGAAGCAAUGAAACAAAUGACUCGGCUAUCCAGUGUAUGGUAUCUCGAAUUCACGGUGGAUUGGAAGUCUGGCACUACCAGCACUCACCAAAGCGAACUCUUGCAUCAAUUCCUGCCGGAAAAGGGAUUCGUGUGCUACUGGGCUGGUAAUGACAAUCUUUGGAGGAUUACCAACUGCUGGCAGAAUCAUUAUUCCUCAUCCACAUGGGCAAAUGUGGCGUGUGUCAAUUCGAGAAUACCAGACGCCAAACCCCUGCUGGAAAAGAUGGAGAAGAUCUUUGUGGAAACAUUAGCGAAAGAUAUAACAUUCUAA